AUGUGCAAGAAUCCUAACCUUCAAUGUGACUUUCGGGAGCCUCUUCCUAUUCGGCACACCUAUCAUCAGUUUGGAGAUGUUAACAUUGCUGGCAUUAUUUCUGCAUUUGUGAUAUUUUCUGACCCCAUUGAGUUUACUCAACAUCCUUCCCAGGCAUUUCAUGAUGGGCUUAUAACAGUUUUUCAGAACUACCAGCAUAUCCUGGCUUUAGCGUUUACUGCAAAAGAGAUCAAUGAAAACCCCCAGAUUCUACCCAAUGUCACGCUGGGCUUCCACAUUUUUAACAGCAAUUUUAGUCCAAGCCAGACUUACUUUGCCUCAAUGAUUCUACCUUUCACUCAGGGAAAAUUCAUCCCUAACUACAAGUGUGGGAUCACAAAUACCUUGGCUGCAGUCAUUGGCACACCUGACAUCUUUCUUCACAUGGCAACUGUACUGGGAAUCUACAAAGUUCCUCAGUUGACCUAUGGCUCUGCUCCAGUCAUGGAUAAAGAAACUCAAGCAGUUUUCUUCCAACAAAUGUUUCCGAAUGAAUCCCACCAACGUAAGGGCCUCCUGCAGUUGUUACUUUAUCUUAGAUGGAUCUGGAUUGGAAUUCUUGUAGUAAAGGAUGAGAAAGGAGAGAAAUUUCUCCAGGAAAUAUUCCCCACAUUUACUGAGCAUGGCAUCUGCACUGAAUUUAUAGCAGAAUUCCCAAAUGGAGCUUUUUACAGUGAUUUUGCUGAAACCGUAGAUGAAGUGCUACAUAUAUACCACGUUCUCAUGAACAGCACAGCCAAUGUGAUAAUCUUAUAUGGUGAAAUUCACUCCUUAACAGUUCUGAGAACUAUCCUCCAGUCUUCAGAAAUGGAGAAUAUACCAAAGCAGAAUAAGAUUUGGCUUAUAACUGCUCAAACAGAUUAUACUUCAAUUUCUUUUCAUAAAUCUUGGGAUAUCCAUUUCCUACAUGGGGCUUUAUCCUUUGCAGUUCACACAAAGGAGGUCCAAGAUUUCCAAGAAUUUAUUCAAAACUUGAAUCCAAACAACAACCGGCAUGAUCAUUUUCGAAAAGAUUUUUGGGAACAGGCGUUUGAUUGUUUCUUUGCAAACUCAAAAAUGGAGAUGUCUGAGAAGAAAUGUACUGGAAAGGAGAGGCUUGAGACCCUUCCCACAUCUGUGUUUGAAACAAGCAUGAGUGGCCAGAGUUACAAUAUUUACAAUGCAGUCUAUGCUGUGGCACAUGCUUUGCAAUUUCUCUAUAUAUCCAAAUCUAGAGAAACAACAAUGAUGAAAGAAAGAAGGAAACAUUUUCACAAUCAAGUGUGGUGGCAGGAGAUAGCAAGCCCACCAGCCCCAUCAUCUCUGUCCCAGUGCUUGCUGGCUAUGUUGCUGCAAGGACACUUCUCAACUGCUGGCCUCCAAGCAGUGGCCUGUGCUGCUGCUGGCCUCGUGGGGGCUCUUUGCCCUCCUGGUAGUGCUGCUCUUGGCUGCCCUGCUUGGCUGCUCCUGCCUGGCAUGGGUGUCAGAUUCAACAAUAGUGUUGGUGAAAAGAUCUCCUUUGAUAAAAAUGGAGAAUUCAUUGGUGGAUUUGAUAUUAUCAACUGGAUCACAUUUCCAAAUCAGUCAUUUGCGAGGGUCAAAGUUGGAGUGAUAGAUCCCACAGCUCCAGCAGACAAAUUCUUCAAUAUUUCUGUAGAUUCCAUCACAUGGCCAGUAGGCUUUAAUCAGGCAAUACCUCUAUCUUUGUGUAAUGCUCCUUGUGAGACAGGACACAGCAAGGCCAAGAAAGAAGAGAAGUUGUUUUGUUGCUAUGAUUGCUGUCUAUGUCCAGAGGGGAAAAUAUCAAAGGAGAAGGAUACAGAUGACUGCUCUCCAUGUCCAGAAGAUCAAUAUCCAAGUCCCAGCAAAACUAUGUGCAUUCCAAAGCGGAUCACCUUUUUGUCCUAUCAAGAACCCUUGGGGAUCAGUCUGACUGUUCUUUCUCUUUGCUUUUCUUUAAUGACAACUUUGGUAAUCACAGUAUUCAUGAAACAUAAAGAUACUCCCAUCGUCAAAGCCAACAACCGGAAUCUCACUUAUACACUUCUAUUUUCUCUUCUCCUCUCUUUCCUUUGUGUCUUUUUAUUUGUUGGGAGACCCAAUACGAUUGUGUGUCUCUUUCGACAACCAGCUUUUGGCCUCAUCUUUUCUGUGGCAGUUUCUUGUGUAUUAGCUAAAACUUUUGUUGUGGUUCUAGCCUUCAUGGCCACCAAACCUGGUUCCAGAUUGAGGAAAUGGGUGGGGGGAAGGAUGGUCAGUGUCAUUCUUCUAUCCUGCUCCCUUAUUCAAAUAUGUGUUUGUGCUGUGUGGCUGACAAUGUCCCCACCAUAUCCAGAUUCUGAUACGCAGUCAAUGUCUGAAGAAGUCAUCCUGGAAUGCAAUGAAGACUCAGUCAUGUUCUACUGUGUUUUGGGCUUUAUGGGUUUUCUUGCUCUGCUUAGCUUUUCUGCUGCUUUUCUAGCUAGGAAUUUACCUGACAGUUUCAAUGAAGCCAAAUUCAUCACCUUCAGCAUGUUGAUCUUCUGCAGUGUUUGGUUGUGUUUUAUUCCAACCUAUCUAAGCACAAGGGGAAAAUAUACAUUGGCUGUGGAGAUCUUCUCCAUGAUCUCCUCCAGUGCUGGCUUAUUGGUGUGCAUCUUUCUUCCCAAGUGUUUUAUCAUUGUGAUGAGACCUGAACUGAAUGAUAAACACCAACUCAUGAAGAGAAAGUUGUAA